UAGCAUGCAUUUGUUUGAGAAAUGCGUUAAUUAAACAAUAAAGUUUAACGAUAGCCGAUUUAUUCCAUUGCACUACACUACUAACAACAUGCAAAGUUUAAAAACAACACCAUUCUCUCAUACAUUCUCCCAGCAGUAGCCGCCACCAUCAACAACUUCAGCUCAAACUUCACUCCUCGCCAUGGCUAUAAUCUGAGACGCCGAAGUGCGAAGGUCUCCGAGUGCGUUUCUCUGUGAAGAUUCUGAAAUUUAAACCUUCUGAAAUGGCCUUCCAACCAUUAAUUUGGAGAAGUUUUGGAGAUUUUGUCAUUUUUUCCAAAUAUUGAACAAAGAGUAUUGUUAUGUUAGAAAAGAAAGAAACCUUACCCUUGACAUUCCUGCGGUAAAGAGGAAAUAUGUUGGUUUGUAAUUUCGAGAAAUGUCUUUUGUCUAGGUUAUAGAUCGCUGGGUGCCGGCUUCUAUUGGGAACCUGAAUCAUGCAACAUCAUGCGUACAUUAUUUAUAUUUUUACUAAAAAAUGUUCCUUUGUUUUUAGGUUCCCAAUUAUAUACCAUCUAUUAGCACAUCAAUAGGAGAUUUCAAGCCACAAGCUUAUAUAUGGAGGAUAUGCAUUGCACUUCAUUGUUUUCCACGACUGAUUGUCUCAUUUCUUUAUUACAACUACUAUACAAUCAAGUCAAAAGACCCACUGUCAACUAAAUUUAGAAUUUUGAAUGGACUUAAUACGUUGCUAACAAUUUCUGAGAAUCUUGCUUUGCUGGUUCUUACUUAUGUAUCAUCAAGAGAAAAUUUUGGUAUGUGUUGAAAAUUAUAAUUACUGUACAAUAAUACACCCAUCUGUGUCGACGGGGCGGGGGGGAGGAUGUGGAGGGUGCGCAAAAAAAAUUCGGAACGUCCUUUAAUUAAGACAAUUUAAUGCGCUCUGCUCUUUCCUUUACUCAUUUGGUCGAUUUUUAAGUAGAAUUGAACAGUUUUGGUUUCAGGCACCCCUAAAACCUGUUGCACCCCUUAAAAUCCCUCGCAGGGGGACCCGUGGCAAGCUACUGCGCAUCUGGGGUUUCUUUCCCAACACAACGUUAAACACUAUUCCCAAAAUUAUACUUUUGUGUCCAGAACUUAGAAGGCUUAUGUGAAAAAUAUUUCAUGUAAUAUAUCCAUGCCCCCUACAAACGAGAUGGUUUGUGUCUUCUAGUGACUUGGGCCUGUUUUAUACGUCGAAUUUCGGUUGCAUCGAAUGCAAUUCAAACAAUAGAUAAUGAAGCUUAAUGAGGUUUAUCAUCUCAUUAUCUAUUGUCUUACUUGCAUUCGACGCGACCAAAAUUCGACGUAUAAAACGGGCCUGAAGCUCUUAUAGUUGUAGCUUAUAACGUGUAUAUCCUCGUAGCCGUAGGCUGGCUGAUAGCAGGUGUGCUCAAAUUAGAUAACCUUUAAGCUCUGGGGAGCUAAAUACAAUUUCAGGAAUUUGUGUUAUCAUACUGUUAUCAAACUGUGUCUUACAUGUGUGAUAUUGUUACUUUCAAAUAGGAAUCCAUGAAAAUGCAUUUAUAACAUUUAUGGUGUGUUCUAUGUGUUACAUGCUUACAACAUGUAUAUUAUUCAAAUGGACGUCAAACAAACCAAUGACAAACGAAGUAAGAUGCUAUAAUUUUGUCUUUCAGUAUCUGUAAACACAUUCAGUUGUUGCUAUAGUUUGGAAAAUUCCUUGAAAUGCUCUCUACCACAGGCAUACCCUUCUACAGGUAGUUUUAAAAAAAUAAUAAUUAAAUAAAUUAAAAUGGCCAGGCAUGGAUCCAGCAUGAUCUGGUUGGGGGGAGGGGGGUGCUCUGCCAGCUCUGGUGCCGAGUUGUGUCGGCCAUGUGCGCCGCCCGCCCAUCAACAUACUGUAUUUGAAUUGUAAUUGUUCACAGUUCGCUUAUCAUCAUCUUAUUGCUCAAAUUGCUGUGCCUGAAAAUGGCAAUAUGCGAAUAUACAUGCAUGCAUUAGUUUCGUCUUUCAACCUCCUCAACACAUAGCCAUAUUACGUAUUUGAAGCUUAUGAUAUGAGCAAUUUUUUAUGAAUUGGUAAAAUUUCAUAAUUGAUUGUACAGCUGCAGUUAUUUAAAUUUUGUUUGCUAAUGUUCUUUUAUUUUCUUGAUUCAUAGGAAGAACAGUCAUUUAAAAGAAAAAUCUAUCUAAUGAUCACCAACUAUAGUUCAUUUGCACUUGCUGUUUAUUUUUAUUUUCGUCAUAACUGGUACUGUGAACCUGGAAGUAUCCUUUUUUAUGAUUUGAUAAUUUUCCAUGGACGCCAUGCAUGUGUGUGCAAAUAUGAAGAAGAAAUCCCUUCAACAACGCGGGUAAUCAAAGAAAACUAAUAAGAAAUUUUAUAGCAAUUUUAUUUUACAGGAGCCGGUUGUAUAUAAAACUUUUAACAACUUUUUAACUAUAUUAUUGCGUAGUUAAAUGGUAGUUAACUCUAAAUUUUAAGUCCAGCACUUCUCUAUUUCUUCCGAAAUUUUUCUCGUUUCACACCCUCACAUAAGUUCUCAGUAUUGUUCCUUUUUGUGAACAUGCAGUGGUGAUUUCAGUCUCUAAAUGGACUGUUAUGUUUGCGGUGUUUCUGCAAGGCAUCUAUUUCUCAUCACUCCUUGCCAGAUUUUUCUUUAAAUAAGUUCGGCCCAAACCGGUUUUGAGGAAAUUUAUGUUGGUUGUAAGCAAUUUGUUUUUGCACAACUACAGCAUUAUUAUAGAUUGAUGUACAGUGUACGCAGCAUGUUUGCAGACAUGACAUGUUUGGGGCUUCGGUGGUGCAAUCGUCAGAGCAACUGAGCAAGUGCCUUUCAGCUCUGAGAUCGUGGGUUGGAUUUGCGCUGCUGACUCUUGACACUUUUGUGAAAGUCAACGCUCUACCGAAGUCUUCUCCGGGUACUCCGGUUUCCUCCCACAUGUUGACAGGUUGGGUUCGGAUAUGCUCCCGUCCACCGCAGCUGUGCAACUCGUGCUUGUACUCUGCGAUCAAACACGAGUCACCAUGUGGCUGCCAGGGGCGCCCUUUGAAAGCCUUCGACUCGUUCAGCCUGCAUCUGCAUCAUUCGUAAUGCCGGCUUACUGUAGCUCUCAGCUUCGUGUAAGGAUGAUUAGCACGCCAAUCAUCGUGUGCUGCAUGAAAUUUACACUAUUCUAAUUAUACUAUAACAGUAGACUCCUUAACUUGUUUUCUCUACUAAAUUGGAAAAAGUUUACAGUUAUUUUUCUCUAUGUGAAUAUGUAACUGUUGUGACGAACAUUUGGUUUCAUUCCACUGCAAUAGAUGAUCUGAAAGGACUAUAUUUUAUUAUCGGGCACGUGCAUUCUAGUUAAAGUUGUGUAGCCUGUACAUGUAUAUAACUAAUUUCAAUCCAUAAAAUAACUACAGAAAAUAAGACGAUAUAGUAAUAUUGUAAUUAAAACCAAUUAGACUACGUGUAGAUUGUAGGAUAUUGAACACUAUAAAUAAAGCAAGGCGA